GGGGUCCUGCCAACUGUCCAUCCGGGGAAGGGGAGGCCGCAUUCCCGCUUUCCAGGCGUCUUGCACCAAAGGGAGGUCGGGAUCUCGGUUUUCCGGCCCCCAGAGAGACCAGGUGCAUCCGCCAUAGCUUCUGUCGCUCCAUCGCCCUCACUGUGACUGGACUGUUAGAGGGAUCCGUGGAGAGGAGGCCAGGACACCUGGACGCCGGGAAAUGGAUUCAGUGGCCUUUGAGGAUGUAGAUGUGAACUUCACCCAGGAUGAGUGGGCUUUGCUGGAUCCUUCCCAGAAAAAUCUCUACAGAGAUGUGAUGCAGGAAACCUUCAGGAACCUGGCUUCUGUAGGAAAAAAAUGGAAAGAUCAGAAAAUUGAAGAUGAGUACAAAAAUCCCAGGAGAAACCUAAGAGGUCUUAUGGGAGAGAGACUCUUAGAAGGUAAAAAAGAUCACCAUCAUGGAGAAAUUUUGACCCAGGUUCCAGAUGACAUACUGAAGAAGAAAACUCCUCGAGUAAAAUCACGUGGAGAAGUUGGCGUGGGUCAUGCAUCCCUUAAUAGGCACCACAGAGCUGACACUGGACACAAGCCAUAUGAGUAUCAGGAAUAUGGACAGAAGCCAUAUAAAUGUACAUACUGUAAGAAAGCCUUCAGUGAUCUCCCCUACUUUCGAACACAUGAAUGGGCUCACACUGGAGGGAAACCUUAUGAUUGUGAGGAAUGUGGAAAAAGCUUUAUUUCCCGCUCAAGCAUUCGAAGACACAGGAUAAUGCACAGUGGAGAUGGACCCUAUAAAUGUAACUUUUGUGGGAAAGCCUUGAUGUGUCUCAGUUUGUAUCUUAUCCACAAACGAACUCACACUGGAGAGAAACCAUAUGAAUGUAAACAGUGUGGUAAAGCCUUUAGUCAUUCUGGUAGCCUUCGAAUACAUGAAAGAACUCACACUGGGGAGAAGCCUUAUGAAUGCAGUGAAUGUGGGAAAGCAUUCCAUAGUUCCACAUGUCUCCAUGCACAUAAAAUAACUCACACUGGGGAGAAGCCGUAUGAAUGUAAACAGUGUGGGAAAGCCUUUGUUUCUUUCAAUUCCGUUCGAUAUCAUGAAAGGACUCACACUGGAGAGAAGCCCUAUGAAUGUAAGCAAUGUGGGAAAGCCUUCAGAUCUGCCUCACACCUCCGAACACAUGGAAGGACUCACACUGGAGAGAAACCCUAUGAAUGUAAACAAUGUGGGAAAGCCUUUGGAUGUGCCUCGAGCCUUAAAAUCCAUGAUAGGACUCACACUGGAGAAAAACCCUGUAGUUCCAACACUUUGAAAGGCCGAGGCGAGAAGAUCGCUUAAUUCACAUAAGAUUCCUAGAAGCCACUGAAUCCAAUCAUGGUAAAAAUGUGUUUCCCUCAAAUCGUGGGAACCAUUGCAAAAUUAUUCUGAAGCUUCUGCAGUCACUGUCAUCUGACAGCAUUCAGAAAUAAAUGCCAGUAGCCCAAG